AGCAGCUGGGAGUUCAAGAGCCAUGCCAGUGGCCCAGAGCCUGUGAACUCUCGAAUGGUAGCUCGCUACUGGGCUGUUCAAGGCCCUGGGAGGUGGGGAUACGGACUCAAGGAGUUUAGGGGAGGAGGCCUUAAUAUCCUGGGACAGAAGAGAUGAGUGCAGGUUUUUGGAGUUUUAGAGAGCCGUAGGGAGAGUAAGGAAUCACGGAAGACACCCAGAAUCUGGAAGACUAGACGGAUCUCAACAGAAAACAGAUGCAAACAAAUAGCAGUCCUCAAACGUUAAGGUCAAAAGGUAUUAAGCAUUGGAUUUACCACUAUCUGAAGUUAGAGAAGGAAGAGAAGGACAAUCAGUAGAGGAAGAAAUCCAAAAGUAGGGGAGGGCAUUAAAGAAGCAACCAUGAGAGGCAUAACAUGGAACAUGGGCAUCAUGCUCUGCCUCUCCAUCUGCAUGUUCUGCAAAAGUUACUCAGGAAAUGAACUUCUGCAAUCACGGCAACGACGGGCACCUUCCGACGACCCCAAAAAGUGCGCUUACACUUUCUUGGUACCUCAGCAAAAGAUCACUGGUCCGAUCUGUGCUUCUGCCACUGGGCCUGAGCCGGACAAGGAACGGGUGACCCGUAUGGACAUUGCUGACAUGCGGGAGAUCCUAUCCAAGCAGCGGAGGGAGAUUGAGGUGCUGCAACUAGUGGCGGAUGUGGACGGGAACUUGGUAAAUGAAAUGAAGCUUUUGCGCAAAGAGUCCCGUAACAUGAAUUCCCGGGUGACACAGCUCUACAUGCAGUUGCUUCAUGAGAUCAUCCGCAAGAGGGACAACUCCCUGGAACUGGUACAGUUGGAGAACCGUGUGCUGAACGUCACAACUGAGAUGCUCCGCCUGGCCUCCCGCUACAAAGAGAUAGAGUUGCGUUUCGCAGGCCUUGCUGCCACUGUCAACAACCAAUCGGUGCUCAUUGCUGCACUGGAAGAGCGCUGUCUCCGUGGAUAUGGGCGUCAAGAUCUGCCGGCAGUGCCACCGUUGGUGCAGGUGGUGCCAGAGAGCAUUCCGGCCAACAACAACCGCUUCACCAAUGAGAUUCAGAGAGACAACAACAACCAAGCUUUUCCAAGGGGAACACGGUUGGAUGCCCCAACGCCUGACACACUGGGAAUCCCACCCCCUCCCCAGGGCACCCUCACCUCAGAUGGGCCGUUCAGAGACUGUUUCCAGGUGCGGCAGGCAGGGCACACUACCAGUGGGAUGUAUCUGUUGAAGGCAGAAGGCAGUGAUAGACUGAUUCAGGCCUGGUGCGAGCAUAAAUUAGACAAUGGAGGCUGGACUGUUUUUCAGCGAAGGAAAGAUGGUUCUGUCAACUUCUUUAGGAACUGGGAAAACUACAAGAAAGGCUUUGGAAACAUAGAUGGAGAGCACUGGCUGGGAUUGGAGAACAUUUAUAACCUGGCCAAGCAGGGGAAUUACAAAUUGCUGGUGGAGUUGGAGGACUGGGUGGGGAAGAAGGUGUAUGCCGAGUACAGCAGUUUUCAUCUGGAACCUGAGAGCGAGGCCUUCAGGCUAAGACUGGGCACAUACCAGGGCAAUGCUGGAGAUUCACUCACCAGCCACAACGGAAAACCCUUCACGACACUAGACCGGGAUAAAGAUGCCUUCACAGGCAACUGUGCUCAUUUCCACAAAGGCGGUUGGUGGUACAAUGCAUGCGGUCAAACAAAUCUGAACGGUGUGUGGUACUCCGGUGGUGUGUAUCGCAGCAAGUUCCAGGAUGGAAUGUUCUGGGCUGAGUAUGGAGGAGGGUUCUACUCGCUCAAAUCGGUCCGUAUGAUGAUCAGGCCAAUAGAUUGAGGUCAAGAUGCCACAACCCUCUAUGAGUCUAAAUUCAAACCAAAUGAGUCUAAAUUCCUUGAAUGUACUCAUAAUUCACUUCAGCACUUAUUUAUAAUCACACGUUCAUGUUUAUGAUGACUGAAAUGUAUAGCACACAAUACUGAUACAAAUUACUAAAUCUACUUGCGGUGGAGUGGAAGAACCUGGGAAAAAAAAUGACUCUUACAUCGGUGUCGUCUUUCCUCUGGAACUGUCCAUCCCCAAACUGAGAAGACAAACUAAGACACUCUCGGACGGAUUCGGACUAGGGCAUUGUCAACGUCACCAUCUCCUGCUCUUCUUCAUAUCUUCCAUUUUAUUUUACGGUCUAUCAACAUUUUCUUUUUUCAUAGUCUUCAUUGCAAACCCUUCAUCCUCACUGCAGUCCCAUUUCUUCCAACUCUUCCUCAUCCUCAUAGCUUGGACAGAUGACAUCAAAGCCUCAAAGGCUUUUAAUCAAAGCUUUUUUCCACUGGCAACACCUUUGCCAUACACUCUUUACUGAUAUGUAUCUUUAACAAUAAGGACUGGCACUGGGCCUUACUGUUCGCCAGGCACCACUGGCUUUCAGGUGUGAUGUUGGUCUGUAAAUAUAUUUCAUGUUUGUAUUUGUUUGUUUUUAAUUUAAGGACUCACCUCCAAUCCACCCUUAUUCAUUUGUUAUUUAUACACAAGUGAUUUGUAUUUAUGACAGCUAUAAUCCUCCAAUCAUCUAUCUAUCCUCGAUUAUAAUGUGAUAUGCUUUUGUGAUGUAUACAUUUACCCACAGGGACAAUAUUUCAACUAAGGGUGUUUAUUUUGGUCAUUUUGACAACUCGAGUACUCGACGGAUAUAUCGCCCAAGUACUCGAGAUGGAGUGAGUUCUCUUUGUGCUAUUUUUUUAUUGUUGGUAUACCUACAUUUCCAGUCAAAAGUCUGGACACACUUGACUAAAUUUAUAUUACUCAUGAUCUUAAAAACUUUUGAUCUAAACACUUAUGCUUAACCUCUUCAAACCUGUGGACCCGCCGGCAGGUCCAUCAGGGGGCACUAUAUCACGAAAAUACACCGCAUACAUUAGUCAGGGAUAUGUGGUAUUGUUUGAAAGCUUAGAAUCUGAACUUUUCGUAGAUAAAACGCUUCUGCAUUUAUGUCACUUAAAAUAACUAAAUAAGGCCUGAAAACAUCUGUGCCACAAAUAAGUGCUACCUAGUGGUCAUGUGGUAGAAAUAUGAAUAUGAAUAUAAAAGUCUUUCAAAUAGCACUUAAAUAUACAAAUCAUAUAUCUGAUAUGAACGAAAGCUCUCAUUCUCAGGAAUGCAACUGUACAGUUUAUUUGUUGCCCUAAUACCACAGUUAGAACGAAAUAUGAUUUCUUUAACACAUAAAAUACAAACAUCUCUUUAUAUCUGCUCUUACCUUAGGCGGUUAUCUUCAAAAUGAGCCAUUUUUACUUGUCUGUAAAUUUGCUUGUGUGAAUAAUCCAAUGUUAUAUCUUAGAUGUCCAGAAUAAAAUAUGCGGUCGAGCAGGAAAAGCAUGCCAAAAAAAUCUUAAAUAUAUGUUAAAGGCUAUUGAUGAUAAAAUGGUAUAUAUCAUUGCAAAGGGGCGCUUUCUAAUGAAACUUAGAUUGAGCUUCUAGUCCACUCAGAGGCCAAGUUAUUUGAUGAAACAAUGGGGGUGGUGCAUGAACUGAAAAUUAGGCUGAGUGUCUAUGGACGAGCACAUCUGUGAAUCCUAAAAUGUGUCAGAGCGCCACCUACAUUUCAAAUCUUCAUAUUGUGAUGGAAAGUGAUAGAGGAAAAUACUUUUUUCUACUACAUGCUGCCAUUUAGUGGAAUUUAUUUCUGAAAAAUGAGACCAAUUUUUGGCAAUUAGUCCACAGUGUGUGUGAAUGGUGAGCUUUUAAAUUUGAGUGUGAAAAAUUGCAGAGUUGAAGAGGUAAAAUGCUUGAGUCUUGCAGACAAAUAUGAAAUCUCACUAUGCAUGAAUUUCUUUACAAAACUAAAACAUUAUGGUAACACUUUAAAACAAUGUUGUAUUUCUUAAUAUUAGUUAAUUACAUUAGUAAACAUGAAACUAACCAUGAACUACACUUUUACAGCACUUAUUAAUAUUGGUUAAUGUUAAUUUCAACAUAUAAUAGUACAUUUUUAACAUUAAAAGUUAAAGAAUUACUUAAUUAACCAACAUUAACUAACAUUGAACAAUUAUAAAUUAAUAAAUCAACAUUAACCAAGAACAAUAAAUGCUGUAAAAAUAUUGUUCAUUGUUAGUUCAUGAUACCUUAUGCAUUUACUAAUGAUAACUAAUAUAACCUUAUUGUAGUGCUAUCAAUGUUGUUUAAUAUUAUUAUUAAUUUUUUUUGGUGUUUUUUUUUUUUUUUUGGACUUGAUAGUAAAGGAGGCAGGAUACAUGUGCACAGCAUACAUGAGAACUCCCUCAAUACUGUUUAAAAGCAUCUCAGGUGGAUACUUCCAGUUGACUGAGAGAAUGACCAGAAUGUACAGAGCUGUAAACAAGGCAAAAGUGGUGACUUUUAAAAUUAUAUACAAGAUAUUUUGAUUUGUUUAAAAUGUUUGGUCACUGCAUAGCUUCCAUACUUACAUUUGUGUUAGUUGAUGACUUUACUAUUAUUAAAAAAUGUGGAAAAGUGUGAUAAUAAAGAAUAAGUAUGCAAGUCUAGCUUUUGACUGGUAGUGUACAUAUGCAACAGACGGAUAUUUUUUUUGUUUUUUUUGCAUUAUGUCUUGCUGUUUUGAGUCUCAUGGCAUGAACUUUGCGUUUUAAGAAUAGUCCACAUAUUAAAAAUGUGUCUCAAGACCUCGUAUUCUAUUCUAUUCUAUUCAGUUCUGUUCUGUCUAACCAUUUUUUAAUGCAAGACCAUGUCCUGUGUGUACACUCUCUAAUCUGCUCCACACAGUCAAGCUCUGUGACUGUCCCAGACUGAAAAUCACUCUGUAUGGUGUUGACACUGACACAAGUUGCCGGCCCCCUCUAACAAAGUUAUCCCCAAAAUUACACUGUGAAAUAGGGCUGAAACGAUUAGUCGACAAAAAUUUUCAUUGUUGAAUAGUCGUUUGAUCUCAUUUAACGUAACAUGAGAUCACAUUAAACUCUAAUGAUGAUGCGUGAGAGCAGCACUGCAGUUCGCACCUGACUGAGGAGAGUAAGAAAUACACAGCUCACAGUACAGAUGCACUUUAAACUUUCCAACCAGCUUCAGGUGAUGUAGAUCCCAAAAUAUGAGGGAACAAUACAAAAUAAGUAAAUACAGAAGCACUCUCGUUGUGGAAUAAGCAAAGCCAGAGCUCUUUAAAGGAAACACCCUGCAUUACAUCUUUAAUGCAGUUAUAUUUAAUGCGUUAUAGCUUUAUUAAAGUUCAAAUAAUAUGGAAGCAGGUCAUGUAAAUAACUACAAACUCCAAAACUGGAGUCAGCGCAGAGAUUGAAACUGCACCCGGCUGAUGCACACUUUGGCGCAGGGACACUUGUCCCCUCACGUGCGCUUGCCGCAGCUAGAUUAUAACAUGAUGGCUCGCAACUUACUGAAUCAUAAUAUGUGUCACUGUGCAUUUCUUAUCGUGAAAAGAAUUGGCAAUAUGCAGCUUUAUUAAUAAGAAAGAGAAUAGAUCUUGAAUAUAAGUAUACUUUUGUCUUUACUGCACUCACAGAAGUAUAACCAAGUGAAAAAUACACUUGUAUACAAAAUACACUUAUAUUUAAGAUCCAUUCUCUUAAAGCAAGUCUAAAUAUAUUAUAUGUUGCUUCUCAAGUAAAUGUAUCUUGUUUUAAGGAUUUUUAGACAAUUUCAAAUGGAAAACUAGACAAAAACACUUGAUAACAAUAGGAUUUUUUUUUCAGUAAAAUUCUUUACUGAAUUAAACUUAAUAAAGUUUGUAUUUUUUUUUCUUUAAUUCAGUCAAUGUCAUUUAUGACAUGUGUGGUUGCCGCGGUGGAUGGCGUGAAGCCUCCACACGCGCUAUGUCUCCGUGGCAACGCGCUCAACAAGCCACGUGAUAAGAUGCGCGGGUUGACUGUCUCAGAUGCGGAGGCAACUGGGAUUUGCCCUCCGCCACCCAGACUGAGGCGAAUCACUAUGCGACCACAAGGACUUAGAGCGCAUUGGGAAUUGGGCAUUCCAAAUUGGGAGAAAAAUCCCACAAAAAAAAAAAAAAAAAAAGAAA